GAACCCACGUUCACCACUCCCGCAGCAAUUAUCUCAUCUUUUCCGCUAAUCAAAGAAUCUGAUUGACAUUCAAUCUCAAUUGUUGUGAUAUAAGGUCGUCGUUCUCUUUUUCACGCUCUUGUCUCUUUGAAUCAGGUCUCAUAUUCAUUCUCAUGUAACUCUGUUUUUGCUUACCAUCAUAGCUUCCAUUGAUUCAUAGCACUAAAGCAGAGUAUUUCAGUUUUAAUUUACCUACAAUGCAAAAAGGAUUUGAGUCUUGUGAUGAAUUGGAAACUAAUGAUUGUUUAGAAGCAAAUGGUACUUGUGAAGAAGAAACACCUUGUGAUGGGAUGUCAUUCGGAUCUGAAAAGGAAAUUACUGAGUAUUACAAGAAUUAUGCUGAACGGGUGGGUUUUGGAGUUAAAAAAAUAAGUUCAAAAAAAGGAGAUGAGGGGAAAAUGUAUUUUACUUUAGCAUGUAGUCGAGCUAGAAAGUAUGUGAGUCGCCCAAAGAAUAUGUUAGAGCCAAAUCCUAUAACUCAAACGCAGUGUAAGGCUAGAUUGAAUGCGUGUAUUUCUUUAGACGGAACAACUAAAAUUAAAAGUGUUUUUUUUGAGCAUAAUCAUGAUCUAAGUCCAGGGAAAGCAAGGUAUUUUAGAUCGAACAAGAAUAUAGGGGCACAAAUGAAGAGGAGGUUAGAACUCAAUGACCAAGCUGGGAUUAAUGUAAGUAGAAAUUUCCGAUCCUUUGUUGUUGAAGCAGAUGGGUAUGAAAAUCUCACAUUUGGAGAAAAAGACUGCAGAAACUACAUAGACAAAGUAAGACGACUACGACUUGGGACAGGAGAUGCUGAAGCAAUACAAAAUUAUUUUGUGAGGAUGCAAAAGCAAAACAGUCAAUUUUAUUAUGUGAUGGAUGUGGAUGAUGAAAGUCGGUUACAAAAUGUGUUUUGGGCAGAUGCAAGAUGUAGGGUUGCAUAUGAAUAUUUUGGUGAAGUCAUAACUUUCGACACCACUUACUUAACAAAUAAAUAUGACAUGCCUUUUGCUCCUUUUGUUGGAGUAAAUCAUCACGGUCAGUCUAUGUUGUUGGGUUGUGCUCUGUUAUCAAAUGAGGAUACUGAAACUUUUACUUGGUUAUUUAAGACAUGGUUGGAAUGUAUGCAUGGAAGUUCUCCAAAUGCCAUAAUCACUGAUCAAGACAGAGCAAUGAAGAAUGCAAUUGAGAUUGUCUUUCCGAAAGCUCGUCAUCGGUGGUGCUUAUGGCAUUUAAUGAAAAAGAUUCCAGAAAAGUUUGGUAGUCACUCUGACUACGAGUCUAUCAAAACACUUUUGCAUGAUAUUGUAUAUGAUUCUUUUACCAAAAGUGAUUUUAUGACGAGGUGGGAAAAUAUGAUUGAGUGUUACAAACUACAGGAUAACGAAUGGUUGAAAGGGUUAUUUGUUGAGCGACAUCGUUGGGUCCCUGCAUAUGUAAGGGACACAUUUUGGGCUGGAAUGUCAACUACACAACGAAGUGAAAGUAUGAACUCGUUUUUUGAUGGAUAUGUAAGCUCAAAGACAACAUUGAAGCAAUUUGUUGAGCAAUAUGAUAAUGCAUUGAAAGACAAAAUUGAAAAGGAAAACAUUGCUGACUUUCGUUCUUUUAAUACAGUUAUUUCUUGUAUUAGUCACUUUGGCUUUGAGUUCCAAUUCCAAAAAGCAUUUACCAAUGCAAAGUUUCAGGAAUUCCAAUUGGAAAUAGCUUCUAUGAUGUACUGUCAUGCAUGUUUCAACAGAUUGGAGGGUUUGGAUUCAAUAUUUUAUGUUACAGAAAGUAAGAAAGUAUAUGACACGAUGAAAGAUAUUGUGUUGAUGGUGUUCUUCAAUGAAAAAGACUUUGUGUUAAAAUGCACCUGCUGCUUGUUUGAAUUUAAAGGCAUUUUAUGUAGGCACAUCCUUUGCGUGCUUAAGCUCAUAGGGAAAACAGAUUUCGUGCCAUCUAAUUAUAUUUUGGCACGGUGGAGGAAGGAUAUAAAGCGGAGGUAUACACUUAUUAAAUGUGGUUUUGAUAAUUUGGCUGGAAAAACUGAAUUGCAACGCGUGGGUAAAGCUUGUGAUGCCUUUUAUGAGUUUGCUUCAACGAGGAUAAAUAGUGACGAUGAUUUAGUGAAAGUGAUGAAAUUGAUUCAAAACAUGAAAAUUGAGUUACCAUGUAAUGAAACAUCUCCUAGAAUUGUAGAAGAAGAUUGUUCAACUCAAAAUCAAGCUACCAUUCUUGAUCCUAAACUAGCUCGAAGUAAAGGGCGUCCUCCUUCAAAAAGGAAGACUUCUAUAGUUGAUCAGAUUGUAAAGAAGAAGCUUGCACAAAAGAAAACUAAAAAAAGAAACCAAAGUAGUAAAAAUAUUCAAGUUCAAGAAGAGGGCCAAUGUACAUCUAGAGGUCAAGAAAUUGAAGACGAAGUGUUUUACAUAUCUCAACUUGGUGAUAGAAUUGGCACACAAGAGAGCAUUCAAGGACUAAGAUUGCAUGUAGUUCAAAAUACUACAAAUGAAGAGUUUCUUAGGUAUCAAAUUUUUGAUGGGACUGGGACACAAGACAAUAUUCAAGAGCAUAACUAUGUUUGUAGCAGUGAAAAUGGUAGUGUGAAUACUGUAGCUUCCUUCAAUCCAAAUCAAGAACAUUUUGGUCAAGUAAACAAGGCUCCUUAUUACUCUCGGGUCACAAAACCAUAACACUGUUGUUUUUGGUUUGAACUGCUGUCUGGUUUUUCUGCAAUCAAGGCAUGAGGGUCUGCAGGAUUGUUGUUUAGUGAUUGUUGUUCUGCUGUUUAGUGUUUGCUGUUUUGCUCAAGCAAGUGUGCGGCUGCUUGAAAUUGUGUUGGAAUAUGCUGUUCUGCUGUUUAGUGUUUGUUGUUUUGCUCAAGCAAGUGUGCGGCUGUUUUGGUCAAGCAUUAUUGUUAGAUGGAAUGGGUUGUUUAGUGCUAGUUGUGUGCUUUUUUUUUGGUUCAGUUUUGUUGCUGCUUCAGUGUUUUUUACCCUUUAGCAGCAACCAAAUUUGGAAUAUAAAGCUUCUGUUUUUAGCUUUGUUAUGGGUGGUUUUGGUAGGUGGUUGUAUUAGUGUUCAUGUGUACUCGUUACUUCUUGUUUGAUUUUAUCCGCGAGAUUUUCGUGUUCCUUACACAAUCUCGACGAGAAUAAUU